GCACGUGGAGUCCGCGCCGCUGCCGUUCUCUGCCUGCUCUGGAGCGCGGGCCAGGGCAGCGGGGCCGAUUGUGGAGCGGGAGAUCGAACUCAGACCUUGCAUUUGUGAGGUGCUUUUAAGCUUGGACAAAUGUGUAGUUAAAGAUGCAGAUACUUCCAGACUGCCCUUAUAUUUAUCCACUACUUGGAAAAAAAGGUCCUAAGCUCUUGGAGAACUUCAGUGUCAGCAUUAUCUGGGAGCAGUGGAACACAUCCCCCAGCACUACCAGAUAGAUAUGCAGGAGGCUGAGCCAGGAGUAUUGUCUGAACCCAGGAGUACCGGACCAGUUUGGGCAACACAAUAAGAACCUGUCCCAAGAACAAGCAAAUAAAAUAAUUAUUUUGUGCAGACAUUCUUUCCAUAUUUCUGACAGAGCCCUCAAUCUCUGGAAAAAUUAAGACCUGGUAAAGCCCCUCCCACUGCAGAAAGUAGGAGACGGUCUAAUCCAGACAAACCCAACUCAUCACUUUUAGGCAAUUUUGUCUUUGCACUUUGAUAAAGAUCCAACAAAGGAAGACGGCAAACUAAUGACAUAGUAUAUUAAAGGGACUGAACUCUCAAAAUACUUCAAUCAUGACUAAAAGGGAAGCAGAAGAAUUGAUAGAAAUUGAGAUUGAUGGUACAGAGAAAGCGGAGUGCACAGAAGAAAGCAUUGUAGAACAAACCUACACCCCAGCUGAAUGUGUAAGCCAGGCCAUAGACAUCAACGAACCAAUUGGCAAUUUAAAAAAACUACUAGAACCAAGACUACAGUGUUCUUUGGAUGCUCAUGAAAUUUGUCUACAAGAUAUCCAGCUGGAUCCGGAAAGAAGUUUAUUUGACCAAGGAGUAAAGACAGAUGGAACUGUACAGCUUAGUGUACAGGUAAUUUCUUACCAAGGGAUUGAGCCGAAGCUAAACAUCCUUGAAAUUGUGAAAACUGCAGAAACUGUUGAAGUAGUUAUUGAUCCAGAUGCUCAUCAUGCUGAAGCAGAAGCACAUCUUGUAGAAGAAGCUCAAGUGAUAACUCUUGAUGGCACAAAACAUAUCACAACCAUUUCAGAUGAAACUUCAGAGCAAGUGACAAGAUGGGCUGCUGCGCUGGAAGGUUAUAGGAAAGAACAGGAACGCCUUGGGAUACCCUAUGAUCCUAUCCAGUGGUCCACAGACCAAGUCCUGCACUGGGUAGUUUGGGUAAUGAAGGAGUUCAGCAUGACUGAUAUAGACCUCACCACACUCAACAUUUCGGGAAGAGAAUUAUGUAGUCUCAACCAAGAAGAUUUCUUUCAACGAGUGCCUCGGGGAGAAAUUCUCUGGAGUCAUCUGGAGCUUCUCCGAAAAUAUGUGUUGGCAAGCCAAGAACAACAGAUGAAUGAAAUAGUUACAAUUGAUCAACCUGUGCAAAUUAUUCCAGCAUCAGUGCAGUCUGCUACACCAACUACCAUCAAAGUUAUAAAUAGUAGUGCAAAGGCAGCUAAAGUUCAAAGAGCUCCAAGGAUUUCAGGAGAAGAUAGAAGCUCUCCUGGGAACAGAACAGGAAACAAUGGUCAAAUCCAACUAUGGCAAUUUUUGUUAGAACUUCUUACUGACAAGGAUGCUCGAGACUGUAUUUCUUGGGUUGGUGAUGAAGGCGAGUUUAAGCUAAAUCAGCCUGAACUGGUUGCACAAAAAUGGGGACAACGCAAAAAUAAGCCUACAAUGAACUAUGAGAAGCUCAGUCGUGCUUUAAGGUAUUAUUAUGAUGGGGACAUGAUUUGUAAGGUUCAAGGCAAGAGAUUUGUGUACAAAUUUGUCUGUGACUUGAAGACUCUUAUUGGCUACAGUGCUGCAGAACUCAACCGCUUGGUCACAGAAUGUGAACAGAAGAAACUUGCAAAGAUGCAGCUGCAUGGAAUUGCCCAGCCAGUCACAGCAGUAGCCUUGGCCACUGCUUCUCUACAAACUGAAAAGGAUAAUUGAGGUUCAGGAGCUGCUGGGAAUCUAAGGUCUUUCUUAAAUAUUAGAGCAAGCAUUGCUCUUACCUUUGUUACUGAAUUUGAAUAUUUUAUUUCUAGACUGUACAAUCUGAUGCAUGAUUUUUUAUAGAUAUUUCAUACUCUUGUGAACUUGGAUCUUUUUACUUUGAGCAUAUAUUUUAGCAUAUGUGUGUGUUAAAGGGUCACCACAGUGUCUGCAGUGUGAAAGCAGCUUCAUUGUGGGAUAGUUUGUUAAACAGUCAGGAAAGCUAAACUGGUCAGUAUUAAUGUCUAGCCCUACCAAAAACAGCCAGUAGCAUCCUAAAGGUGAAAAAUAACUGAAGUAUACCAGGAAACAGUCUGGUUUAACUAUUUUUAAACUGUAACUGUUUCCCUUUUCUGCUGCUUUAGAUGUUGCUUUACAUAGAACCAGAAAAUGGAAUUUCUUAGCUAAAGCGUGUGCCUGUUGCAUCUAAUCAAGCAGCUAAAAUGUUCAUAUCAAAUACAAUUAAUAAUAUUAAUAAACUACUAAACUAAGAGUAUCAGGUUAUAAAAUAAUUUAUAUAUUUGAAGUAAAGGACAAUAAGUUGACUAGCAAAGGAGCAGUACUGAAUGAGAUCCAGGUUUAAAUCGGGCUUAACUCAAGCCCGUGUUAAGGGUUGUCUGUAUAGAUUAUUCAUUAUGUCAGGCCAAGGAUUUAAAUUAUUUUGAGUGAGGCAUUUAAUUCUAAUAACCCAGCUAUUACAAAAGUUCUAAAAUGAUCUCUGUUUUUCCUUUCAGAGAUUUAAAAAAAUUUGAAAAAAGUUUACCUCAGCCAUAAAAUAAACGUUGUUUUGUUUGGUAUGACUUCCUUUUAUUUUUAACUAGUCUGUAGUGCCUGUUUAUUGUGCAGAACAACUUGUAUAUUCCCGUGUUUCUGAUGAGAUGAAGACUUUAAAUCAGACAGCAAUACUUUACCUUUCAAAAUGUUAGUAAAUUACUUGCAAAUAAUUGUAAAAGGAAAAUCUUUACCUCCAUUUUAGGCAGUCUACUCCUUAAAACAAAACUUUCCACUUUUCCUUUUGAAUAUUAUAUAUGAUAUACAAAUAUAUACAUGUCUGAUAUACCACUUUAUAUGUUCACAUUAUGUGUGAAGACAUAGAUAUUCAAAAGGGUAUUACAUAAUUUAUUUUAAGAAUCUUUAAAAUUAAGUAAUUCUUACAUGAAAUUCCUUACUGUGAGCUAACACUAAACAUAGUUACAAAGUAUGUCUUUUCUCCUUUGCUUUGUUUCAAGGUGUUUUGCAUGAAUCAUGGAAUGAGGGACUAGCUUUUCUAUCAGAAAGUUGUUCCUCAAGUGCUACCCUAUACAUCUUCUCCCUUAUCAUUUCCUUUAAAUUCAUUCCCCAAAGCUCUUUAUAAGAGCUCAGCUUUAUAAGAGCUUAGUCAAUGCUGUUGACUGUUGAGGAGGAGCCAUGGUGUUGCAGGCCAGCCGGCGUUACCAAUAUUGGAGGAUUUGGAGUGAGUCCUAGGAGGCAGGGAUCCUAAGGAAAGGAAGAAGCCUUUCUCGUCUCUUUCUCGUAAUUUGUCAUAAUUUAAAGUGCUAUGCUAAAGAAGUGUAGCAUGUAUUGUUCAUUUUUAUUGUAUUAAAUUCUUUAAUAUUCUGCCAUAAAUACCUAAAAAGAAUAACAUUUGUAUCCUUUCAUUUUUACCUUUUUAUAAACAGACAGCAGACUGACAAAUUACUAAUACAGUUUGGACACUGAUGUUAAGAAUAUCUCAGUAGAAUAACAAUAUGAAAUAAUAUAUUUUAGAAGUCCUAACUUUAGAUAAGAAAUAGGUAUCUGUAAAUAAUAUUUUGCACCAUCUUCUAACAGCGUAGGGAGUUGAUUUAAAUAAAUCUGGUUUAUCAGGCUCUCAAGAAUCUUGACUUUUAGAUGGAAAAUACUUUUAUGUUAGAAGUUUUAGCCAAGAAGACAGACUUUGUCCUCUACAUGUGUAUAUGUUUUAAGGCAGGAAGACCCACAUUUCUUUUGAAUUCCUAAAAAUCAAACUUCUU